AUCUCCAUAACAAAAUAAGUCGAAAGAAUGGAAUACUUAGUAAAGCCUCAAAUUAUUUGUCACAUUGAGAAAUCUGUGAGCUAUUCCCUAUUUGAUGCAAAAUGGAUUCCUUCUAGUGCAAAAUUUGUAACCUUCGGGUCAAAACCUCGAGGUACUGGCAUAAUACAAAUUUAUGAAAUUGCCGAUGGUGAACUAAAAGUCAUUAAAGAUAUUCAGCAUCCAAACUCUAUUAAGUGUGGUACUUUUAGGGCAUCAAAUAAUAGUGAUCGGCAUUUUGCAACAGGAGAUUUUAAAGGAAAACUACAGAUAUAUGACAUAGAAAACCCAGCAAUACCUAUUUAUACAGCUAAUGCGCAUAAGGAAAUCAUUAAUAGCAUUGACGGAGUAGCAGGAAAUAAGAUUGGUAUGGGUCCACCUGAAUUGGUUACAGGAUCUAGAGAUGGUGCAGUAAAAGUUUGGGAUCCACGUCAAAAUGAUCUUCCUGUGGCAACAAUGGAGCCGAAUAUAUGUGAGGCUCGUAGGGAUUGUUGGACUGUAGCUUUUGGUAACUCUUAUAACUCGGAGGAAAGAAUAGUUGUAUCCGGUUAUGACAACGGCGAUAUUAAAAUGUUAGAUUUAAAAACAAUGUCACUCCGUUGGGAAUGUAACAUUAAAAAUGGGGUAUGCUGUCUUGAAUUUGACAGAGACGAUAUUUUGAUGAACAAGCUGGUCGCAACAACAUUGGAAUCAAAAUUUUAUGUUUUCGACUUGAGAACGCAGCAUCGCAAGAAAGGAUUUUCUUAUUUGUGCGAAAAGGCGCAUAAGUCAACUGUCUGGUUAGUUAGACAUUUACCUCAAAAUCGGGAUAUUUUUGCUACUUGUGGUGGUGGUGGAUCUAUUUGUUUAUGGAAAUACAAAUAUCCAAGUAAAAGGAGACACUUAGAUUCAGAAGGAGCAGAAGAAGGAUCUAUGGGUACAAUACAUUCUUUGCAAAAUGCAAAUUUAUCCUCACAACCAAUCAGCUCUUUAAAUUGGAGUCCUGAAAAAUUGGGAUUAGCAGUUUGUACUUCUUUUGAUCAGUGUCUUCGUGUUCUAAUUACUACAAAAUUGAAUAUGUGCUAGAAGCUAAUAAAAAAAUUUUUAAGAAUUUUUUGUUACAGAAUGAAUGUUUAUAAAUAAUACAUAAUAAUAUAAAUAUUGAUGGAGUCUCGUGCUGACUUUCAUAGAGUACGGUAGAUAAUUGUGAGCUGCUAAUUGAAAUAAAUAUUAUUGACUUUAUUUACUGA